UUGUAGAAGAUAACCAGGCUCCAAGGAUGAAUUGGUCAACGCCCUUUAGCAAAGUUGUAGUAGAAGUGCUUAGUUUUGUAUGGAGGCACAGUGUUCGACACGUGACUUACAUCGUCCGUUAUAAGCAAAGUGUUCAUGAACUGAAGGAUAGUGUUAAGGAUCUUGAAAAUGAAAAAGACAAGAUAGAUCAUCAAAGUGACGAGGCUGAUAAAAAUCUAAAAAACAUUGAAGGUAAGGUUACUGAAUGGAGUCGAAAAGUGAGUGAAAUUAAGACUACAGUGGAGGUGUUUGAGAACGAUGAUGGCCAUAAAAGAGCCCGAUCACUCAAUUGUUAUGUUUUUCCAUACUUGUGGAAUAGACAUAGGUUAGGAAGACAAGCUACGAAGAUGGAAAUGGGUGUUAAAAAGAUAAUUGAUGAGUCCCCUAAGUUGGAUGAAAUUUCCUAUAGGGAAAAUGUAACAUCUAAUGAUGCCACAUUGUCUAAUUAUGGUUUUGAAGAAUUUGGUUCUACAAAAUCCACAAUGGAAAAAGUAAUGAGACAACUUGAAAAUUCCAGUGUGAGAAUGGUUGGAUUGUAUGGGGAAGGUGGGGUGGGUAAAAGCGCUUUAAUCAAAGAAAUUGCAAGGAUAGCUAGAGAUAAGAAGUUGUUUAAUGUGGUGGUUAAAGUAGAAAUAACAGCCAAUCCCAAUCUGCAAAGCAUCCAGGAAGAAAUUGCUUAUGUGUUUGGAUUGCAAUUGGAAGGGGAAGGUGAAAAUGUGAGAGCUGAUUGUCUACGGAGGAGGUUAAAGAAAGAAAAAGGAAACACCCUUUUAAUCUUGGAUGACCUUUGGCAUAAAUUAGAUCUAAACAAGUUAGGGAUUGUCAGUGAUGAUAAUGAUGACAAUGAUGAUUUAAGUAAUGAUAUGAGGGAUCUUGAUGAUAAAUUCUUGAAAAAAGACAAAAAUCACACGGAUCUUAAUCAGAAUGUGUUGAAAAGAGAAAAAGUCAUUGGUGGUUACAAGGGGUGCAAGAUUUUACUAACUGCACGUCAAAAAAGAGUAUUGGAAGUUGAAAUGGAUGUAAAAUCGACUUUCCGCGUAGAGCCAUUAGAUGACAAUGAUGCUUUGAUGUUUUUUCAGAAAUUAUCUGGAAUACAUAAUAUGUCUGAUUCUAGAAAAGAAAUUGUGAAGAAGUAUUGUGCAGGGUUACCCAUGGCAAUAAUUACAGUUGCAAAGGCAUUAAGAGGUAAGAGUGAGUUAGUAUGGGAAGCUGCACUUGGAAAACUUGAAAAGAAGGAAUUGGUGGGAGUUCAGACAUAUAUGGACAUUUCAGUGAAGAUGAGUUAUGACCAUCUAGAAAAUGAGGAGAUCAAAUCCAUUUUCUUACUCUGUGCUCAAAUGGGCCAUCAACCACUAAUUAUGGACUUGGUGAAGUGUUGUUUUGGUUUGGGUAUACUUGAAGGGGUCUUCUCACUUUGGGAAGCUCGGGACAAAAUCAAGAUAACAAUCCAAAAGCUAAAAGACUCGGGCUUACUAUUGGAUGGAAAUUCUGAUAUUCAUUUCAAUAUGCAUGAUAUAGUUCGAGAUGCUGCUUUGUCUAUAGCAAACAAGGAAAAAAAUGUUUUCACUCUAAGAAAUGGAAAACUAGAUGAGUGGCCAGAACUCAAGAGAUGCACUUCUAUGUCUAUAUGCAAUUGUGAUAUCAUCGACGAGCUUCCUAUAGUCAAUUGUUCUCGACUUAAAUUUUUUCAAAUAGACACUAAUAAUCAAUCUUUGACAAUACCUGACAAGUUUUUUGAAGGAAUGAAAAAUCUCAAACUCAGAAUGCUUUGCUUGGAGCGGUGCACUUUAGAGGACAACUUAUCCAUAGGAGAGCUAAAAAAGUUAAGAAUUCUUAGCUUUUCUGGAUCCCAACUUAAAAGUUUGCCAACUGAGUUGGGGUACUUGGAUAAGUUACAACUGCUAGACAUCACCGAUUGUUCCAUACUGGAGAUUAAUAUUCCACCUAAUAUUCUUUCAAGUUUGACACAUUUAGAAGAGUUGUACAUAAGAAAGAGCUUGAUCAAAAUGUUGGUGGAAGGAGGGCAAAGCCAUGGUCAAAAUUCGUUUCUUUCUCAACUGAAGAAUUUGCAUCAGUUAAAAGUUGUGGACUUAAGCAUCCCAUGUUUUUCAGUUUUGCCAAACCACUUAUUCUAUGACAAGUUAAAAGAUUACAAAAUUGUGGUUGGAGACGUAGAAAUGUUUUCUGUUAUAGGCUUUAAGAUGCUUGAUAAGUACGAAACGUUCAGAGUUUUGGCAUUGCAAUUGAAUCAUGACACUAACAUUGACUCCCAAGAAGACAUAAACUUGUUGUUUAAAACAGCUCAAAGUUUGUUGUUAGGAAAGGUAGAGGUUGUUAAAGUUGUUAAUGAAUUGAAUAUAGAUGGAUUUCCUGAUCUGAAACACUUAUCCAUCAUUGAUAGCAAUGCCAUCAUAUAUGUCAAUUCAAUGAAAUUGUCUAAUUGUAUAAAUGUUUUUCCCAAUUUGGAAUCUUUAUGCCUUUACAAUCUGAAGAACUUGGAGAUGAUAUUUUAUGGUCCACUUACAGUUGCAUCAUUCGCCAAAUUAAAGUCCAUCAAGGUGAAUAUGUGUGUCCGAUUGGUGACUCUGUACUCCGUUUACAUUGUGGAACUUCCUAACAGUGAAGAACCAUGUGAGAUUAUUGAAUGUAAUUCUUACUUGGAUAAAUUUUGUGCUACCCUAGAAAUAGUCGAGGUUUCUGAAUGUGAAGCUUUAAAGGAAAUCCUUCUAAUACCAAUGAAUUGUGAUAAGGUUAAGUUUCUAAAGUUGCAUACUUUGACAUUCCAAUCGUUGCCAUCAUUUACAUGUUUUUAUACCGAAGUGGAGGAGUCUUGCUGGCCACAUCCGACAAAGCCUCAAGCUAAAAAUAGUGGUAGUGAAGAAGAUCAGAAAAGUUUCAACCCACCCCCACUUUUUGGAGAACAAGUUGAAAUUCCAAACUUAGAGAGUUUGAAUUUAUGCUCACUCAACAUCCAUAAGAUAUGGAGCGAUCAACUCUCGUCAAGUUUCUGCUUUCAAAGUUUGAUCAAAUUAGUUGUGAAAGACUGUGAUAAAUUGACAUACUUAUGUUCGUUGUCUGUGGCUAGUAGUUUAAAGAAGCUGAAAAGUCUCAUCAUAAGUGAGUGUCCAAUUAUGGAGAAGAUUUUUGAGACAAAAGAAAAUAAUGCAGAUAAGGUUUGUGUCUUCCCUAAGUUGGAGGAAAUCCACCUUAGCAAAAUGAGGAGAUUAAGAGAUAUAUGGCAUACUAAAGUGAACAUUGAUUCUUUUUCUAGUCUCAUUUCGGUGAACAUUGAAGAGUGCAAUAAACUAGACAAGAUUUUUCCAAUUAAUAUGGAAGGAUGGUUUGAAAGUUUGGACAACUUGAAAGUUUAUAAAUGCCAAUCGGUGGAAGUGAUUUUUGAAGGAGUUAUUCAUUUUAAAAAGCUUCGGACUAUAGAUGUAAGUAAUUGUCAUGAAUUGUGGAAUUUGUUUCCAACUUCUAUGGCAAAAGAUGUAUCAAAGCUUGAACAUAUAUCAAUAUGGAGUUGUAAGAAGAUGGUGGAAAUUGUUUCAAGUAAAGAUACAUCAGAAGCUAACAAUCAUCCAUUAGAGUUUUCUGAACUAACCUAUGUCAGAUUGUAUUUACUACCAAAUAUCAAACAUUUCUACAAAGGGAGACAUCCGAUAAAGUGCCCAAAAUUGAAGGAAUUAAUUGUGAGCAACUGUCGGAAGCUUAAAACAUUCUCCAAAGAAAUCAGCAAAACGACAGAGGAAGAAGAAAGUUUUGUUUUCUCAGCUCCAAAGGUAUUGUCGAAAUUGGAGUACAUGCAAAUUGAUUUCAAGGAAGCACAAAACUUGUUACCCAAGUACCCAAUGCACCGUCUAAAAGAACUUAGUCUGACUUCAGUAGAAAGUGUUGAUUUCCUUAACCGGUUUCCGUACAGAACGCCAAAUCUUGAAAAGCUAAAGUUGAUUUGCUCUUCCAAAGAGUUAGAGCCAAGAGUAAAUUUUGCAUCAGAAGAAAGAUUGAGAAUCACAUUAGAGCUCAAGGAAUUAGUUUUGUGGAGAGCAAGGAUAAAUGACCUAACAGGAGUUUCAAUUGUACGAAAACUAGAGCUUUUAAGCUUAGUAUCUUGCAACCAAUUGAACAACUUAGGUCCUUCAUCUGUGUCAUUGACUUACUUGACAUAUUUGGAACUAUACCAUUGUGAGAAGUUAAAAUAUUUAAUGACACCCUCCACCGCCAAAAACAUGGUUCAACUCAAAACUAUGAAGGUAAUCAAUUGUCCUAAAGUAAAGGAAAUAGUAAGCAAUGAGCUGAGUGAAGAAGGUACAGAGAUGAAAAUUGUAUUCAGCAAAUUGAUUACCAUAGAACUUGUGAAGCUGGUCAACCUCGCAACUUUUUGCAGUUACAAGGAUUGUGAAUUUGAGUUCCCAUCACUGGAAAUAUUGAUAGUAAGAGAAUGCUUGAAGAUGGAGAAAUUCAGUGAGAGAGAGGCAAUAACUCCAAAGUUAAAAAAUGUUUUUGGUGUGGAAGGAGAUGAAAAAUCCAAAUGGCACUGGGAAGGCAACCUGAAUGACACUAUACAUAAAAUUUUCUUUGAUAAGGUCAGUUUCGCAUAUACGGAAGAUCUGAGGCUUGAUAAUCAUACUCAUCAAUUUAUUAUAGAGCAACUAUGUGAUGGAAGACAUUUGGUGCAGCAAAACAGCUUUGGCUAUUUGAAAAGCUUGACUGCAUGGGGAUGUGAUAGUGUAGUGCAUGUAAUUCCAUUUCAUUUGCUUUCUUGCUUUCACAAUUUGGAAAAGUUAAAUGUAGGGCAUUGCGUAGCAGCAGAGGUGAUAUUUAAUAUGAAUGAUGAGAAGAGGGUGAUGACAAAACCUUUAGGAAUAUUCCGUCUGAAAAGUUUGUCUUUAUGUAAGCUAUCAAAUCUGGAGCAUGUCUGGGACAAGGAUCCCGAGGGAACUAUUGGCCUUCAACUGCUAAAGGAAAUGCGUGUUGAAGAAUGUGAGCGUCUUAUAAGUUUGUUUCCAGCAUCAGUAGCCAAAGAUCUUACAAGACUUGAAGUGCUUGAGGUAACAAAGUGUAAGGAAUUGGCAGAAAUAUUUAAGAAGGAUAGAAAGGAUGAGCAAGGACAAGGAACAACACUUGGGUCUGUGUUUCCUCAUCUCACCACAUUGACUCUGGAGAAAUUGCCGCGCCUCACAUACUCUAUCCACUUCUCCAAGCAUGAGAGUAUAUCAAAUUUGAGUGACAGAGAUAAACAAGAGUUAUGUCUUGGCUCAAGGUGCAUUAUUCCAAACUCCUACUUCGGUCUCUUAGAAUCUCUAAUUCUGGAUGGUUGCCAGUUUUUAUCAGAUGUACUGCUACCGUUCAAUGUACUUUCUUUCUUAACUAAUUUGGAAACGUUGAAAGUUCGAAACUGUGAUUCUGUCAAAACAAUAUUUGAUGUCAACCCUUCAACACAAGACACUUCAAUUACUUUUCCUAUUAAGAAUUUGGUUUUAUCGAAGUUGCCAGAGCUGGAAGCUUUUUGGAACGCAGAUCCUCAUGGAAUUUUAUGCAUGCAACAUAUAAAAAAAGUAGAAGUUAAGGAAUGUAAAAGCCUUAGAAGUGUGUUUCCAGCAUCUGUAGCCAAAGAUCUUGAACUUGAAGAUCUAGUAAUGGAAGAGUGUGAGAGAUUGGUGGGAAUUGUUGCAGAGGAUAAUAGUGAUCCAAAUCUACAGCUUACGCUUCCCUGUCCUUACCUGCGAUCAUUGAAAUUACGGAGAUUGCAAAAGUUCACGUACUUUUAUUACUGCUCACACAAGUCUGUCAUUUAUACGCAUCUGGACUCACGUACCGAACAUCAACUUCCUAAUGAAAAGUGCAUGUCAGUGGGAGAAAAUGGAAUGAAGAUGAUUUUUCGAGGUGGAUUCGAGAAAAAGGUCUUAGACAGCUUAAAAGCUCUUACUCUCUGCUUUGGUUCGGAUGUAUUUGAAUGCAAAAUUCUAGAACAGGUUCCCAAUAUAGAGAAACUUGUGGUGCGUGAUAGUUCCUUCAAGAAGAUGUUCUGUUGUGAAAGUUGUGAUAAUGUCUUACAGCAGAUGAAAGUAUUACAGUUGGAGUUUCUUGAAAAGCUGGUUUCCAUUGGGCUAGAGAACUCUUGGACUGAUUCCUUUGUCAGAAACUUAGAAACCUUUAAAGUCAUUAGUUCCAAGGGUUUGGGUAAACUCAAAAGAAUGGAGAUAAAGGAUUGUUAUUCAAUUGAAGAGAUAGCGUGUAGGGAAUCAGAUGAGGAUGAGAUAGUAUUUCCGCAGCUCACUUGUUUGAAUCUUGAUAGCUUAUGGAAGCUCAGAAGGUUCUACGGAGGGAGUUUAGGUUUCCCAUCCUUGGAGGAACUGUCAGUAACAUUUUGCGAUGAGAUGAUAAGUUUAUGUGUAGGAAGUAUAGAAUCAGGCAGGUUGUCUCAAGUAAUAAUUGAUUCCAAAGAGGUUAUUCCAUUGGAAACCGAUCUCAAAUAUCUUAUGUGGGAGAACUAUCUGAGAAAGAAUACACAUCAAAAUAGUCUUGAAUUCAGAGAUAGGUCGGACCUACAAGAGAUAUGGCGUGUCUCACUGCAGAUCCCACACUUCUGCUUCAGUUACUUGGAAACCUUAAUUGUUAAUGGGUGCCAAUUUCUAUCAUAUGUACUUCCCUACACUUUGCUUCCUUUAUUACCUCAAUUGCAAACAUUGCAAGUUCGAAAUUGUGAUUCUGUCAAAACCAUAUUUGAUGUCAAAUGUGUACAAGGCACACUCACAUCUCCUCUGAAGACAUUAGUUUUAUGGAAACUGCCAAAUCUGGAAACCCUUUGGAAUGAAGAUACAGAUGAAAUUGUUACACAGACUAAUCCAGUUGAUUCAGAAGGAACGAAUCCUAAACUUACUUUCCCCAGUUUGGCAUCAUUGACAAUAUGGGAUUUGCCCAACUUCAAGCAUAAUACUAUAUAUUGCAUUCAUGAUGGUGCAACACCAACAUUUGAGCUAAUUAUACCCAACUUAGAGAAUCUGAUAGUGGGUAAAGAUGAACUAAAGAUGAUUGUGGAGGGAGAAUUUCAUAGAAACCAUUCUUUAAAAGUUCUCGGUCUGUGCUUUGAUAUUGAGUGUGAUGAAUUUCCGGAGUAUGGAUUUCUACAACAAUUGCCAAAUGUAAAGAAGCUUGUAGUGUGGAGUAGUUCAUUCAAGGUGAUUUUCUGCCAUCAAAAACCUAAUAAUACUGAACUUCUAUUACAGCUGAAUGAAGUACGGUUGGAGUCCCUUGGAGAGCUAGUUUCCAUUGGAUUAGAGAACUCAUGGACUGAGCCCUUUGUCAGAAAUCUAGAAAUUUUUGAAGUCAUCAGAUGUUCCAGUUUGGAAAACUUGGUAACAUGCACUGUGUCUUUCUCAAAUCUGAGAUGUUUAAACGUAGGAAAUUGUGAUGGCUUACUAUAUUUGUUCACAUCCUCAACAGCCAAAAGCUUGGGUCGACUUCAAAGAAUGGAGAUAAAAAAGUGUAAAUCAAUUGAAGAAAUAGUGUCUAAAGAAGGAGAGGAAUCAGAUGAGGAUGAGAUAAUAUUUCCACAGCUCAAUUGUUUGAAUAUUUAUAAGUUAUUGAAUCUGCAAAGGUUCUCCAGAGGCAGUUUAAGUUUUCCAUCCUUAGAAGAAUUAUCAGUUAGAAAUUGCCAUGAGAUGAUAACUUUAUGUCCAGGUAGGCUAAAAGCAGAUAAGUUGUCUCUAGUGAGAAUUUAUUACCAUAAUAGUCCAUUGAAAACUGAUCUGAACUCUACCAUGCGAAAGGAAUUUGGGAGAAAGAUUUCAAAGCUUAACGAACUUGAUCUAAAAAGUAGGCCUGGACUACAAGAGAUAUGGCGUGGCGCAUUGCAUAUCCCCGACUUCUGUUUCAGUGAGUUAGACACAUUGAUUGUGGAAGACUGCCAGUUUUUAUCGGAUGCAGUGCUACCCUUCCAUUUACUUUCUUUAUUACCUAAAUUGAAAACAUUGGAAGUUCGAAACUGUGAUUCUGUCAAAACCAUAUUUCCAGAAUCAGUAGCUAAAGAUAUUGUGAAACUUGAAGCACUAAUCGUGGAACACUGCCAGUCAUUGAGGGCAAUUGUUGCAAAGGAAUACAGUGAGGGGGAGGAAUUAGUUGAGGAUGAGAUGAUAUUUUCACAACUCAUUUAUUUGAAGGUGGAAAGUUGCAAUAGCCUGCCAUAUUUGUUCAGAUCUUCAACAGCAAAAUGUUUGGGUAAACUCGAAAUUAUGGCGAUAAAUAAAUGUAAAUCAGUUGAAGAGAUAAUAUCAAAGAAGGGGGAGGAAUCUGAUGAGAACGUAGAAAUAAAAUUUGAGCAGCUCCGAGAUUUGUAUCUUGAAAAAUUAGAUGGGCUAAGGUGCUUUUACGAUGGCAAUUUUACUUUAAGUUUUCCAUCCUUGGAGGAAGUCCACAUCAUCAAGUGCAGCUCCAUGAAAACUUUCAGUGCAUUCAACAAAAUAGAUAAUCCGUUGUAUUCUGAUCUUAAUUCUGUUCUUCACAGAACUUCUGAAGAAGAGGCUCCAGAUGCUUCAACUACAUCAAAUACUUCAGAUAUUGAAGAUACCGGAUAUGGUCACCGUUCGUCUUUCACUUCGUUUAGUCAGACGAGAAGGUUACUUGGAGAAGGUAUUUUGAUACCAAAUUCAGUACACAUCGGUCGGAUUAGCGGACCAAGGACCCAAGGAGCAAGAGCGGACAACGAGGAAGGACAAAUUGUGAAGGAGUUUGAAGGGAGGGAAGACGAAGGGUAUGCAAAAGGUGCUCAACCGACAUUGUCAGCAUCAUCGAUCAAGUCAUUCAUUUUUGGAUCAACUGAUCGAGCAGGAGUAGGUAUCGGAAGACGAGAUCUUAUGGCGAUCCUCAAUCCAAAGAGUGAUGCAUUUUUGUGGGUUGCCACACGGAAAAGGCAAAAGAUUUUGCUUCAGGCACUGCAUCCCAGUUCGAGGGUAAGGAUGUUACCUCUGUAUAGAGGAUUUGAAGACCACACGGGCGGGCUUAGUGCUCGCUCAAAAGGCCAACGCCAAGUUGUUCGUGCGAUUGAGGUCCACUCCAGUUGUGAGAAGGAGGCACAAGAUACAACUGCUCAAUUGGAAGAGUAUAAGAAGGUAUAUCACAACUUUUGGAGAAAGAACGAUGAUCUCGCUCUAGAGGUCCAAAAGUUGUAUGGGACUAACACCUUGCCAAAAAGAGAGACAUGCUUCAGCAAGAAAAAGUUAAGCUCUCUACAGAGUUUCGUUAUACCGGUCAAUGAAAGCUCUCAAGGUUUCAUCCUUUUCUUGCUUGAUGUUGACCAACGCAAGAUGUGUCAAGCUCUAGACCCUAGUGCCCGCGUUGGGGGGCAAAGUGUUGAACCACACCAGCGCCUCUCCCUUCAAGGAAAACGAGAAGGCUCUGCACCAGAGAUGCUUCGUGUUUUCGCCGCGUCUUCUGCAUUUGCCUUUGCAUCUCCUGGAUUAGAUCCAGGGGAUCUUGCUCUCCUAUCUUGUCAGGCCCAUGUUUCUUGUGGUCACCAUUAA